AGCUUCCUUGAAUGUGUUUCGAAAGUCAAAGUGAACAGCGUAAAUCACGCACGGUAAAACAAAGGCUUAUCUAAAUUUAUCUCGGAAGAAAUGCGACGGACAUGCGUUCCGAGAAAUCAGACGGAAUAUUUGAGAAGAAAAAAAUCUGUCUUCUCGCGUCACAAGAUUAGUUAUAUACCGUUGUUUUUUCAUCAGUCGGUUGCACAAAAAAUUGUGACUUGACGCGCAACCUUGGGUUUACCUGAGCCAAUGGCAGGACGGGCAGCAGGGGCUCGGCCGGCGAGAGGAGGGGCCGAGCCUUUAAAGCGCCGUCGCUCGACUAGAUUCGUUUCAGUUGUUGCAUACUCCAUCCGACCAACACACCACCAACCCGAUUUAACUAAGGUCGAUUUUGCUCAGGUCCAGAGAUGACGACUGUCCGCAGAAAGUGAGAACGGGUGUGCUGCUCGAGCGAAAGGAUUUUGUGCUUCGCUCUUCCCGUUUGUCGUCUGGAAAAUAAGAAAAUUAUGACGAGCCUCAGUGCAUUCUUGCUGCCGUUGCUGCUGGCGGCCGGCGCCUUCUGUAAGAUCUCCGACCUGCCACCUCCAUGUCCUAGUGAAAUUUACUGCCACGGCGAGCUGUUGAAAACGGUCCAAAUAAAUUCUCCGUACCCCGACUCUAAAACCUUCGUUGACAUGAAGAUGAAGUACAGCGUGCCCGAGACGCUGGUGCAUUUCGAGAAAAUGAUGAACUCAACAAAUCAAAAGCCAAGCAAGCUGGACGUGGAGAUCUUCCUUAAUGCGACCUUUGAUCCAGCCGGGCAAGAAUUUGAGGACUGGGACCCCUCUGACUGGACUGCCACCCCCAAGUUCCUCGACUCCGUCGUCGAUCCAGACCUGAAGGCGUGGGGCGCGAAGCUCAACGACCUCUGGAAGUUCCUAGGCCGCAAGAUCAAGGACGACGUCAAAACGCAUCCUGAGCAGUACUCUAUCAUUUACGUGCCAAAUCCUGUCAUCGUCCCUGGAGGACGCUUCCGGGAGUUUUACUAUUGGGAUUCUUACUGGAUAGUCAAAGGGCUCCUCCUUUCAGAAAUGAAUCACACUGUGAAAGGUAUGCUGAGCAACUUCCUCACCAUUGUGAAAGAGUACGGUUUCAUCCCUAACGGCGGGCGCAUCUACUACCGCCAGAGAUCUCAGCCACCGCUGCUCAUCCCAAUGAUGGAGGCCUACUACGACAAAACGCAAGACUUGCAGUUCAUCAGGGAGAGUGUCAGCAUCUUGGAGAAGGAGAUUGAGUUUUGGAUGACAAAUCACACCGUUGAAGUGGAUAAAGAUGGCAAGAAGUAUACAUUGGCCAUCUACGGGGACCGCUCUUCAGGGCCCAGGCCCGAGUCAUACAAAGAAGAUUACGAGACCGCUCAUGUCUUCGCCACCGAGGAAGAGCGGGAGAAUUACUAUUCUGAGCUGAAGGCGGCUGCCGAGUCUGGCUGGGAUUUCUCCUCUAGGUGGUUCAUUCUCGACGGAACCAACCAAGGCAACAUUACUAAUGUGAAAACUCGUUUCAUCGUGCCAACGGAUCUGAACGCCUUCCUCUUCUGGGACAUGCAGAUUCUGUCUCGUUUCUUCCACCUGCUGGGCAACGAAGAGCGGGCCACCUAUUAUAAAAACGCGUCGGCCACCCUGAUGGAGGCUGUGACUGCAGUGCUGUGGCACGAGGAGGUGGGCGCCUGGCUCGACUACGACCUGAUCAACGAAAAGAAGCGUGACUACUUCUACCCGUCCAAUCUUGCGCCACUCUUCACCGGCUGCUAUGACCAGAGCAAGGAGGCUGACUAUGUGCAAGGCAUAAUGCGCUACCUGCAGAAGACUAACGUCAUGAUCUACUACGGUGGCGUGCCCACCUCGCUGGAACACUCUGGCGAGCAGUGGGACUACCCGAAUGCGUGGCCACCUCUUGUAUACUUAAUGAUCCACGCCCUGGACAGGACCAACGACACGUUCGCUAAGGAGCUUGGUUACGAGAUUGCUGAGCGAUGGGUCAGGGCCAACCACAAAGGCUUCAAAGAGACGCAAGCCAUGUUCGAAAAGUACGACGCAACAGUUGUUGGUGGCUAUGGAGGAGGUGGCGAAUACGAGCUGCAGCUCGGCUUUGGCUGGACUAACGGCGUGAUCAUGGACUUGCUGGCCAAGUACGGAGAUCGUCUCACGCCGGAUCCACAGAAUGGAUACCACGGCGCCAGCGUGCCACAGAACUCAGUCACGCCGGCCCUUAUCUUCCUAGGACUAGUCGUGGCCAGUAUGGCGUUGUAAGGGUUCUGUUCAUGAGGAAGCGGAUAAUCGAUCAGCGAGGAAGGUUUUGCCCGCAGUUCUUUGGUGACUACCAGGAGUUACAGACAAACUUGAGCUCGGCAAGUUGAGAAAGACUGCGCCUCAGGGAGACAAGUCAUUUACAUAGUGCCAAGACUGCUAGUUAUUGUGUUACUUUUUAGUUCCGAGGUCUGUUUUCCUUAUACUGAACAGUACUCUACUUUUGAUUGUAGCAUAAACUGAGGAAUCUCAUAGUAUUCAUUUCGAGAUCGAGUUAAGUGCUCAUUUUCAUAAACUAAGCUCUCUGUUAUGUUUCUCAUAUUAUCACAAAGAAUUAAUUGAAAUUAAUCUCUGAAAGAAUGUAGUAUGAUCCUGAGCAAAUUUACUAAGCGAACAAAUUACGGUUGAAUAGAUCCUGUUAGAUUUUUAGAGAAUAAAACAUUUAGGCUGGUUCCCAAAGUUUAUAACAU